AUGGCAUCGACGACUGCGGCUUCACUCCUAACUCGAGUCAAUUCUGCAGAGGGCAUCUUGGCCCUUCUCGAGGAAAAGCAAAGUUCCUGCAAAGAAUUGGGAUUGCAGCAACUAAAUCAAGUCGUGGACUAUUUCUGGCCGGAAGUUGUGGACAGCAUUCCCGUACUGGAAUGCCUAGCCGAAGAUGACACAUUCAAGUCUUGUAAGCUGGCUGCUCUGGUGAUCAGCAAAAUAUACUACCACAUGGAACUGUAUGGCCAGGCCCUGCAAUACGCUCUGAUCGCUGGAGAAAAGUUUGAUGUAUCGGUCUACUCGGAGUAUACAAACCUCAUCGUGGCAAAGGCAGUAGACGAGUACAUCAAGUAUAGAUGCAAUUCAGAAGAAUCCCUGUGUCACACACUAGACGCACAUGUAAUUGCUGCUCUGGAGGCCCUGGUAGAGAAGAUGAUUUCAAUGAGCAUGUCUAGGGGUGAGGAACAACACGCAAUGGGCAUCGCCCUAGAUAGCAGACGCAUCGAUCUGGUAGCCGAAAUCUUUAGCACCAGCAAGGACUGCCCUGCAAUGUUGAGCUAUACUAUGAACGUUGUAGAACAUGUUUCAAGUGAAGAAUUCAGACAUACUGUAUACAAGCACGUCAGGGAUAUAUUGAUCAAUGCCUCCCCAGAGGUCAUCAAUGCGCACUAUUCACACCUUUGCAUGGCACUCUACCAGCUACACGAUACCGAAAAAAUGUGUAUGUUUUUAAAAAGUCUUGUAGACACUGGAGAACAUUUGAAGGCGUAUCAAAUUGCGUUUGAUAUUGUGGAUAUCGGAGACCAAAAAUUUCUUGAUGCAGUUAGGAAUGGACUGGAAAGCGAUACCAGUACCGUCAUGGAACGUUUGAGAUGCAUCCUAAUGGGUGUCAUAACAACGGAACUCCACCUGCAGUUUUUACACAGAAAAAAUUACACAGACUUGGGGCUUUUGGAAAAAAUCAUGGGAAACGUGGACCAGAGGAAUACAGUCACACAUAAUGCAAUUGUUAUUUCACAUGCAAUUAUGCAAGCUGGGACAUGUUGCGAUGUCUUUUUAAGAGACAACCUCUCGUGGCUUGCCAAAGCGAACAAUUGGGCUAAAUUCACAGCUACUGCAUCAAUUGGAGUCAUACACAAGGGAUUUGCAAACCAAUCUAGAAAGGUACUGGCAUCCUAUCUUCCAAUUGAGCCAGGAAGUGGUUCUUUUUCUGAGGGUGGUGCUUUAUAUGCUUUAGGUUUGAUCCACUCCAACCACUUUGAUCCAUCUGCAAAACUCAUAAUUUUAAAUACUCUAAGAAGUGAGAAUGCUGAGGAGCCGAUGCAUCAUGGAGCUGCCCUAGGCCUUGGCCUUGUUUGUAUGGGAAAUGGUGAUCAAGAAUUGUAUGAGGACCUAAAAACGUUGUUAUUCCGUAAUAAUGCAGUCUCUGGUCAGGGUGCAGCCAUAGGUAUAGGUCUUUUGAUGAUCGGAAGUGGCUCUGAAAGGGUUAUUGAUGAACUAUAUACUUUUGCAUACGAAACUCAACAUGAAAAAAUCAUUAGGGCUUGCGUUGUUGCAAUUGCAAUGGUUUUGUACCGCAAAGAAAAACAAGCGGACCCUACCAUCAAAAAGUUGUGUAAAGAUAGUGAUUCUAUAAUUAGAUAUGGAGGAAUGUUUUGUUAUGCAAUGGCCUACUGUGGAACGGGGUCAACCCAAGCUAUCAAGGACCUCCUUUAUGCAGCUGUCUCUGAUGUUUCAGACGAUGUGAGACGUGCUGCAGUAAUCGCUAUCGGAUUUGUUUUAUGUAACACUCCGGAAGAAGUUCCAAAAGUCCUUAAACUUUUGGCUGCUUCCUACAAUCCUCACGUUAGAUAUGGAGUAACAAUUGCAAUCGCAGUAAGCUGUGCCGCCACCGCAUUGCCAGAAGCUCUAAAGAUAAUAGAGCUCCUAUCUCUGGAUCGCUGUGAUUUUGUCAGACAGGGGGCCUUUAUAGCUUGGGGACUUGUUCUGCAACAGUGCAGUUAUGAAUCAAACCCAGACAUAAAGGCCAUAAGAGAAACGUUCCUUAGUGUGCUUGGCGAUAAGCAUCAGGAUACCAUGGCUAGGUUUGGUUCAAUUUUGGGAUUGGGGCUCAUGAAUGCAGGAGGUCAGAAUAGUAUAGCAACACUUUACACAUAUCGUGGAAGCUUGCGCAGAGAGGCAGUUGUUGGAUUUUGUAUGUUUGCGCAAAUGUGGUAUUGGCAUGCAUUUGUUCAUUUCGUCUCUCUAACACUACAACCCACGUGUUUGAUUGGCCUAAAUGAGGAUUUAAAGGUGCCAGUCAGUCACAAGAUACUUUGCACGGCCCCGCCAAAGCUUUUUGAAUAUGUUCCUCACAUUAGCAAAACGUCUUCACAGGAUAGAAAGGAUGAGGUUACUGCAGUACUCUCUAUAUCUGCCAAGAGAAAUGCAUGGCUUUCCCAUAACAAACCUGAUGAACACUCAGAAGCUGAAAAGGAAGACAAGCCCCAAGAUGAUUCUGCAUCUGUAUUAUCGGAUGGAAGGUCUCUCAGAGCGGAAAUCUCCAGUAUAGCCGCGACAAUGGGUCACUCUAGCAGAGCUUCCUGCGCAGGCUCCAGUGUAGAUAACAAUGGAGACAUUGCAGUUGCAAGUGAUACUGGAGAUUCAAUGAUCAGCAAAAUAGAUUUAUACGGGGUAACAUCUCUGGAAUCAUUGGGAAUAAAACACUUUGAAAGCUCGUACGCUACCCAUUUAGACAAUCUUUGCAGGGUAGUACCAAAACAAGCUCGUUAUUGUGUAUUCCCAAAAUAUAACAGGUAUACACCUGUAUUCGAAGACAGAAGCUACGGAGUCGUGAUCCUCGUGGACAACACCCCAAUGGAACCGGAAGAAUAUAUUGUAUACGAGAGCACACUAUCCGAGGCACCUCCAUUCAAACCAUUUGAAUGGGAAGGCUAA